AUGUCGCAGUCUAGCACUAACAACACACGGCCGGUAAGAGUGGCCAAUUGCUCUGGUUAUCAUGGCGACCCAGCAGAAGAAAUGUACCGGCAGGCGACGUUGGGAGACGUCGAUUUCAUCACCGGGGAUUAUCUCGCAGAGGUCAAUCUGGCCAACAACGCCCAGGCAUGGAGGGAUGGGACACAUCCCGGGUACGAAGAAACUGCCUGGGAAGGCCUCCAACAAACAAUCGAAGUCAUCGCGCAGAAGCAUAUCCGAGUCAUAAUCAAUGGCGGUGCUCUGAACCCCAAGGGUCUUGCGUGGAAAACCCGGCUUCUGGUCAACGAGAAGAAUCUCGAUCUUCGCGUCGCAUACUUAUCCGGCGAUGAUCUUUACCCUCUUGUCGGACCCAAUAUGCCUUCCACUAAAGAGGAACUCCAGCAUCUGGACUCCAGCAAUUCAUCUGCAGUGCCGUCCGAACUGACAUAUGCCUUUCUGAACAACCCUGAUGCAAAACCAGUUCCCAUGGUUUCUGCACAUGCAUACCUAGGUGCCCGCGGAAUUGUGGACGGCUUGCGCCGUGGAGCUGAUAUCAUCAUCUGUGGUCGUGUAGCUGAUGCCAGCCCGGUGAUCGCUGCCGCUUGGUUCUGGCAUAACUGGUCCGAAACGGAUUAUGACCAGCUUGCAGGGUCCCUUAUCGCGGGUCAUUUGAUUGAAUGCUCCGCGUAUGUGACUGGUGGUAAUUUCGCGGGUUUCGACAGCUAUUCGUUGGAUGAUCUUGUUGUGCCGGGCUUUCCUAUCGCCGAGAUUGCUGCAGAUGGGACUUGCGUUGUUACUAAGCAUUCUAAUACACAGGGCAUGGUUAAUGUUGAUACGGUUCGCUGCCAGUUUUUGUAUGAGCUGCAGGGGAAUACGUACCUUAACAGUGAUGUGAGCGCCUAUAUUGGUGACAUUGUCGUCGAGGAUGCGGGCAAAGAUAGGGUGCAUGUAUCUGGCAUUCGAGGAUCACCACCACCUUCAACCACGAAGCUCGCAGUCUUCUACCACGGAGGAUAUGAAGCCCAGAUCCUUCUCAACGCAACAGGAUACGCGACAGCGAAGAAAUGGGAUCUUCUCGAGAAGCAGAUCCGCCAUUUCCUUACAGAGAACGUGAAGAACAACCUCGAGACACUGGAAUUCCAACGCAUCGGAGUCCCAGCACAGAACCCAGCUUCCCAGGCGGCGAGCACCACCUAUCUUCGUAUAUUCAUCACCUCUCGCUCCGAGACCUCCGUGCUGUCAGUGUCGAAGGUCAUGAGAGAUAUCGCCUUGAAGCACUUCUCUGGUAUGCUUUAG